AUGGACUUUCCAACCCUGCCGAGCAAGGUCCCAGGGUACAACCUGUACAUUGAUGGAUUCCAAGCCUUGCGUCGCCCGAAAAUCCUCCAGGGCUCCAACAUCACUCAUGUUGUUUCGGUCUUGGACUGGAAGUUUUCAAACGACUGGGCCUCGCUUCGCGGUUUCCAACACUUGCAUAUCCCAUUAGACGAUGUCUACGAUUCCAACAUUCUGUCCCAUUUUCCGCGGAGCAAUGCCUUCAUUCAUCAAGGGUUGAAGUACUCGGGCUCCAAUCAGUUUGGCACCUCUGGCGCUUCCCUCAAAGAUGGCACCAUCAACCCGAUUCCGGGCGGGGUUCUUGUGCACUGUGCAAUGGGCGUCUCCCGCUCUGCGACAAUCGUCAUAGCCUAUCUCCUGUGGCACUCUCGCCAACAAGCAAACAUCUUCAAUACUGAAUCUCAGAGGACCUCCACAGCGCAUGCUUCCGCGCCGCCUCCAUCGUCGUCGACGACAUCACCACCGGAAAUGGUGUCACUACCACUUACACCGCUAACACUGGACUCCGCCCUUGCCUUGGUCCGCGAAUGUCGGCCGCAGGUUGAACCCAAUUCAGGGUUCAUCAAGCAACUCCGCAUGUUCGAAGCCAUGGGCUGCCCGACAACACAGGAGCAACUAGAAAGCCACAAGAUUUAUCGACGGUGGAUGAACUCACGGAACGUGCUGGACGCAUUGAGCGAAAAUCGGGCGCCGGAGAUGGACCAUAUCAGUUUUCGGGACGAGGAAGAUGACGACAACAACAACGCAGACGGCAUCCAAAGUUCGUCUUCAGGAACGGGAAAACCCGACGGGAGCGACCUUCUCAACGAAAGGGUCCAGAGUCUCACCCUACUCGACCCAGACAACGACGAGCCGACCGAGAUCUUGAACCCAGACAUAACUCUGUCGUCACCUUCCCCAGCGCCUCCUCUCCCCGCCGACGUCGAAAUCAAAUGCCGCAAAUGCAGACGCCUGCUCGCCAAAUCCGACUUCGUCCUACCUCACAAGCCUCCUCCGCACCGCGACCCCUCAGCAGCAACCACUGGCGGGGACCCGUGCGCACAUAUCUUUCUCCACCCCCUAUCGUGGAUGAGGCCGGUCCUGUCAGAGGGACAGUUGGACGGCCGACUCACAUGUCCGACACAGUGGUGCGGAGCCAACAUCGGCAAGUUUGCGUGGCAGGGGUUACGCUGCAGUUGUGGAGGGUGGGUGACGCCGGGGUUCGGUCUGGCAAAGGGCAAAGUGGACGAGGUGCGAGUUCGUGCGGAAAAUUCAUCCAGAAGAGGAGGAGCGGGACAAGGACAAGGACCAGCAGCUUUGGUUGGGCCUGGACAUGGAGCCGGGGAUGGUAAGAAAGCGGUCUUCAACGGCGCGGUGAGAUAUCCCCCUGGGAUGAGGAAAGCAGGGAAUGGCAACUUGUGA